AUGAGCGAGAAAUCGUUACCGAAUGUAAUUGUAAUUGGUGCUGGUGGAGUUGGUGUGAUAACGGCUGUUUCGUUGUGCCAUCGAGGCCGCAGUCAUGUAUCUUUAGUUGUGAGAUCCGACUACGAGCAUGUGAAGGAGCAUGGUUACAGUAUAUCUUCAUGUGAUUAUGGUCAAUUGAUGGGUUGGAAGCCUCACAAUUUAGUUAAAAGUGUGGAAGGUGCAUCCAACGAUGGAAAGUUCUAUGAUUUCGUUGUUGUUACUACAAAAAAUAUCCCAGAUGGACCCGUUGGCUCUACGGUCCCCGAAGUUAUUAGGCCAGUCAUCGAGUCCAAUCACAGGUUGAAUUCGAGCAGACAGACAAACGUCUUGUUGGUUCAAAAUGGACUUGAUAUUGAGAAAGAUAUCCACAAGGCAUACGAUAGCCACGAUUACAACUUAGUAGUACUCUCUGGGAUUCAAUUGAUCGGUUCUACUAAAAUCGGCAAGGGGGUCAUCGAGCAAGUAGGAAAAGAUCACUUAUCAGUCGGUCCUUUUGACCCUAAGGAUGAUAGAGCUAUAGCUGCAGCAUACGUUUUCAUCGAUCUCUACAAUAACGAGGGCCACAAUCGUGUAACGUUCGACUCCGAAGUCCGUUAUGCCAGAUGGAGAAAACUGAUGUACAAUGCGGUGAUCAAUACCACAACAGCGCUGGUUGGCAUGGAUGUACCUCGUUGUUUGCAGUUUGGCGUCGAUAAGGUCGGUACAGAGGAAAAUAUCUUCAGACCUGGGAUGAGAGAGAUUAUCGCCAUCGCAGCUAGCGAGGGAAUUACAUUGAACGAAAAGGAUUUAGAUUUUUUCUGCAACAUCUCCAAAGAUUUAAUGUUCAAACCAUCAAUGUGUGUUGACUUUUUGAACGGUCAAUUGAUGGAGCUGGAAACGAUUUUGGGCAACCCCUUAAGAAUUGCAAAGAAAAAUGGUGUCUCCACCCCAGUGUUGUUUAUGCUGUAUCACUUGCUUUACAUGGUCCAGAACAAAUUAAAAGAAUCAAAAGGGUUGCUGAAAUUUGAUGAGAAGAAGGCCAGGAUAGUUGAGUGA